UCCGUCCUCCACGCCACCCCUCUCACCUCACCUAUCGUUUACUUUACGUCAUAGACACAGCAUAGAAAGAGAAAGAGAAAGGCAGCAGGCGAGAAUAAGAGAACCUCUUGUUUUGUUGCAGAAGCAGAGCGCGUCGACCAUGGCGGCGAUUCUAGCUCACCCAAUUCUUGCUCCUCUGCUUAUUGUAUCAAUUCUUCUCGCCGGCUGUGCCCGCGCUCGGUUCGUGGUGGAGAAGAACGGCGUCAGCGUUCUCUCUCCCUACAACUUGAGCUCCAAGCACGAUGCCUCAAUUGGGAACUUUGGAAUCCCCAACUAUGGAGGCUUCUUUGUGGGCUCUGUCACGUAUCCUGAUAAGGGUUCUAAUGGGUGUAGUGCCUUCGACGGUCACGAGCCCUUCAAGUCUCGCGCUUCUCGUCCUACCGUUCUUCUUCUUGAUCGCGGAGAGUGCUACUUUGCAUUGAAGGUAUGGAAUGCUCAACAGGCUGGAGCUGCAGCAGUUUUAGUAGCCGAUAGCCUUGAUGAACCUCUUAUAACUAUGGAUUCUCCAAUGGAGAGUUCUGAUUCAGAUGGUUUUGUAGAGAAGAUUGGAAUCCCAUCAGCAUUAAUAGAAAAAGCCUUCGGUGAAAGUUUGAAGAAAUCCUUGAAGAAUGGUGAAGAUGUUGUCAUAAAAUUAGACUGGACAGAAUCAAUGCCUAACCCUGACGAGAGAGUAGAAUAUGAAUUCUGGACAAACAGCAAUGAUGAGUGCGGGAUUCGUUGCGAUGAGCAGAUGAAUUUUCUAAAGAAUUUCAAGGGUCAUGCUCAGAUCCUGGAGAAGUGGGGUUAUACCCUGUUCACACCACACUAUAUAACUUGGUAUUGUCCCAGGGCUUUCAUUGAAAGCAAUCAAUGCAAGUCCCAAUGCAUAAACAAAGGGCGAUAUUGUGCACCCGAUCCAGAGCAGGAUUUGGGAGUGGGCUAUCAAGGAAAAGACGUGGUCAUCGAGAACUUGAGACAACUUUGUGUGCAUAGAGUUGCCAAUGAGAGCGGUCGAUCUUGGGUUUGGUGGGAUUUUGUGACGGAUUUCCAUAUUAGGUGCUCCAUGAAGAACAAGAGAUACAGCAAAGAAUGUGCUGAAGAUGUCUUGAAAUCACUUGACCUGCCUGUGGAGAAGAUUAAAAAUUGCAUGGGCAAUCCUGAAGCAGAUGUGGAGAAUCAAGUCCUCAAAACUGAGCAAGAUCUACAGGUUGGCACAGGAUCCCGUGGAGAUGUUACCAUCUUGCCCACACUGGUUAUUAACAAUGUCCAAUAUAGAGGAAAAUUGGAGAGGACUGCUGUCCUGAAGGCUGUAUGCGCUGGAUUUAAGGAAACUACUGAUCCUCCAAUUUGUUUGAGUGGAGACCUUGAGACUAACGAGUGCCUUGACAGAAAUGGUGGCUGUUGGCAAGAUUCACGAUCUAAUGUAACUGCAUGCAGGGACACAUUUAGGGGAAGAGUAUGCGAGUGCCCUGUUGUGAAUGGUGUUCAAUACAGAGGUGAUGGUUAUUCAUCUUGCGAAGCUGUGGGGCCUGCACGAUGUACAAUAAAUAAUGGAGGCUGCUGGUCAGAAACUAAAAAUGGAAAAACUUUCUCAGCUUGCUCAGAAUAUGAAUUGAAAGGAUGUUCUUGCCCUGAUGGUUUUCAUGGGGAUGGUUACAAAUGUGAAGAUCUCAAUGAAUGCAAAGAAGGUGUUGUUUGUCAGUGUGAUGGUUGCACCUGUAAGAACACUUGGGGCGGAUAUGACUGCAAGUGUAAGGGGGACCAAUUGUACAUAAUGGAGCAAGACACAUGUAUUGAAAGAAAAGCAUCAAAAUUUGCAUGGCUCAUUACGUUCUUGGUCCUAACAGCUGUGGUGGGUGCUGGUAUAGCUGGUUAUGUAUUCUACAAAUACAGGCUUCGGUCUUACAUGGACUCGGAGAUCAUGGCUAUCAUGUCACAGUACAUGCCCCUUGACAACAACCACAGUAAUGAAGUUCAAGUUGAGUCGCAGCCCCUACGCCGAGGAGUAUAAGACACAAAAGCUAAAGCCAUCAUACAUACUGGGAAAGCGCUCAUGAGAAAGGAACGAACUAUGCCACUAUGGUGACUCUUAACAUCUGUAUUACAUCAGAUUGAGGUCCGCUUCUCCCAUUACCUUACCAUUUUAGUGGUUGUGCAUUAUCCAAAUGCAGGAAAUUUGCCCACGUACAGAAAGUCCCGUGUGUAGACAUUAAUCAAUGUACUAUAUUUUAUACCACACUGCUGUACUGCACUGGACUGUUCUCUCUACGCUAUAAAAGAGUAGCCUUAAAUUUUUCUCUUC